CAAAGUACUAAAUGGAACUCCUGUGUCAGUGGAUGACUCAAUAUUUUCAAAUAAUCAUGUACAAAAACAUAACUCAUGCAUGCUGUGUUUAUUUCCUUUAAAUGAUUCUCUUCACGGCUCAAAAUAUCCCAAAACUUUUAAUCUAGAUUGUGGUCAUAAAUUCCACUUAUUAUGUCUUUAUGAGACUGUUCAGAGAAGAGAAUGCCGAAAAGUUUGUGGAGAAUGUUGGACUGAUAUUGACUCUGAUGACCAGGAAACUAUAUUAAACAAGGGUAAAAUUGAGAAGAAACGUAUUUACAAAGAAAGUAAAGACAUAGCCAAUAAGAUUUUAAAGAGUAUUCAAUAA